UAUCAUCUGGAUUCUCAUAUACCAUUCGUUGCACCGUGUAACUUGUGCUCUAACAUUGGCGAUCUCCAAACACGUGACUCGCCGCCUUGGACCGAGGAACCUGGAUUCCUCUGUUACUUCAGGCACCAGAGUACCUCGUUCCUUUUCUUUUCCUUUUUUGCCCAAACGCACUGCUAUUCUUAAAUGAAGCGCGGUGUGUUUGAAACACUUCCAAGAUGUCGGACGCCAUGAGAUUGCGCAACGCGACUUGGUUGCACCCACUCAGAGGGAUUGUCUAUUUCAUAUCGCAUCCGUUCCUCUGGCCUCUAUUUCGCGGACGGCUCCUCCCAAUUACGCUGUUAUCCGGUUUCGCAUACGUGAUUCUAUUCAUCUUCACCUAUCUCCCACAAGUUGCCUUUCUCGCAAUCUUCCAAGGCAAGGGUGCCUGGAUCAACGGAGCAUUCCUGGUUCUCGGAGAAGGUGCCGCCAUAGUCGCCUUGUUAUUCGAGGCGUUUUUCGUCGACGAGACCCUAGUGGAUGUUUUCGAUGCUGUUUUGUUAAACGAAGGGCUUGAGCCGCUCAUCAACAGGGAGAGGAUACUCCAUCCAGAUGGCGAAAAUCCGGUCAAGAAGCUCGGAAAGCCGACUACGAGUGCAAUCUACGCACCAUUCUCCUUGCGUCAGAUAGUAGAGUUCAUAGUGUUUUUACCACUUAACUUCGUUCCGGUGGCUGGUGUUCCCAUGUUCUUGGUCCUAACUGGAUAUCGUGCGGGCCCAUUCCACCAUUGGAGGUAUUUUCAGCUUUUGGAUUUCACCAAAGAACAGCGAAAACAGUUCGUUCGGAAUCGACAGUUGAAAUACACGGCAUUCGGUACAGUAGCCUUGAUGUUGCAACUAAUACCUUUCCUCUCCAUGUUUUUCCUUCUCACCAGCGCGGCUGGGUCGGCCCUCUGGGCCGCAGAAAUGGAGAAGCGAAAGCAGUUCCUUGAGGAGCAUAGGGAUGAGGAGAUAGCGCCUGAGUAUCGGGAUGAUCCUGUUUGAGACACUGUGUCGAUAUGCACGAAUAUAACUUCAGAAUUAUCUGCCAUGAUGUAGUCAAUAUAUGCCGCAGUUAGCACUUCUUAUCAGCCCAAGAGCUUGGUUUCCCGUUGGAAAUCAACGAGAACGAGAAACAAUAGAUUGCUCCAUCGUCAGUAAGUAGCUAAACGGCGAGGGUGCCAGAUAGAUAUCUCCAUAGCCACGGCAAUUGAG